GCUUUUCAUCUGGCCAUCCGCAUCUGCUGCGUACGCUUGGAGCUGACCGAGGCUAAGCGGCUGGCAGCUCGCGGACAUCGGGCUGCUCUUGCAGCCGGAGAUUCCGUCCGAGCAAGCCAUUUCUCCGCUCUCCGGCGUUGCGCUCAUGUGGUUCACUAUGGUCUGGACCGUGCGCAAACUGCUUUGUUGGCGAAGAGACCGGAAGAGCUCCUGGCACUCGUGGAGGCCAUGGAUGCCGUGGUGGAGCCCGAGCUAGAAGCUGUCUUG